UUUUGUAUUUUGUAACAGAUUUUAGCUUUGAGUUUGAAAUUCCAUAUUCUAAUAAUUAAAAUAAAUUAAUAAAUAGUGUGCAGUAAAUAUGAUUGAUGAUACUGCAGCGAAAUAUAAUUUGAUAAAGAAAUAAGAACCAGUAUUUACAAGGGAGGUACUUAAAUCCGAAUUCGCACCGUGUUGCCGUUGGUUGAUGAAUAAUUGAAGAGUUGAAGACCGAAUGUUUCCAUUUUAAAAUUUGUGCUAAUUCGACAUUGGAUCAGAUUUCCUCAACUUGGUUGCAAGAAAUUUAAAGAAGUUAUAAAAGUUUAAAAUGGAACAAAAAUCGGACAUAACUGAUAAUUUAAUUGAGAAUUGGAAUGAAUAUUUUCCCCAUUAUCAGUUGAAGACUGCUGAUUUAAAGUCAGCACAGAGAUUGAUGGGAGCUGUUUUUGAAAUUUUUCAUAAGCUCGGUAUAGAUGCAGACGUUAUAGUAAACCCCUCUGAUGAAUGUGUCAAUGAUCACACUGUAUACUACCAAGAUCUUAUUCCUGUUCUAAAUAUGACCCGUGUGAUCAACCACUUGGUUAGAGGAAUGCCAGCAAUGACUACACCUAUCUACAUAGGCCAUAUCCUGCAACCCAUUCCUAAGAGAUCACGAGCCAUUCUCCUUUUGCUGUUUAAUUUAUUGGUGUUUCAAGAUCAUCAAAUGAAUGAGGUUGCUAUGUUUGAAGAGGAAUUAUUCUCUAAAGCGGAACAGUUGCGAGCAUUAGAAGAUAAAAAAAAUCAUUUGUUGAAUAUCAUGAAUGAACAAGCUGCGGAGAAGGGUAGGAGAACAGAGAGAUUAGAAAAGAUUAAUCAUGAGAUUAAAGUGUUUGAAAAUGAACUACAUCAAGAAAAUGAGAGUUUAAAAGAUGAAAAAGAGAAGUACAAUAUAGCACUAAAGGCUCAUAAUCAGAUGGAAUUGGUCUAUGAACAGAAGAAGACCAAUUUGGAAUCACUGUUGGCUGAAGUAGAGAAAAAGCGCGCAUUAAUUGUCCAUGAUGAGGAAGAUGUGAGGAGCCAGUUAGCAAAAGCUUUAAAGAAUCAAGAGGAGAUGGUAGAGAAGACAAAGUCUCUCAGUGCCACACUGAUGGAGAAAGAGAAUUGUGUGAAGAAUUUACAAACAACUAAAGCCAAUCUGGAUUCAGCAUAUACUGAAUUGGAUGAGAUUAUGAAACUUACAGAGUCUUUAAAUGAUCAAGAGAACGAUGAUUUUGGAGGUGAUGCUGAAGAAGGUGAGCUGUGUGUUCUUAAGGCAGAGAUUAGCGACUUGGAGGCACAGUUUGCUGAGCUGAAGGCUACUCGGGAAGAAAUUAAUGCAAGGCGACAGGAUACAAUGUCUGCAAGAUUGCAAGUGAAAAAUCAAUUGAAGAGCGAUGUCCACAACGCAAAAAAAAAGGAGAAGAAAUGCCAGGAGGUAUACAAAAGAGUGACAAAAGAUAUCGUUGAGAUGAAGGAGUUAUCGAAAAAAGCUGAGCAGGCGAAAGAUGAAUACUAUAAAAAUAUUAGGACAGUUAAACAUGAAUUUGAAGAAUCGCUGAAAGCAAUGAAUGAAGCUGUCAUUGAUCAAAUUCUGAGAGCCGAGAAGAGAAUUACAGCCCAAAUAAUGAACAGAGCUAAUAAUGAUAAGUAAUAAUAUACUGUAAAUAAAUAAUACCAAUUGUAA